AUGUCUGCUAUUGGUGCAAAACAAACUGGUGCAAGUGCUGGUGCAUCAGGUGCAUCAUCAGGAACGCAACCUGUAAAGACUUCUGCACCUGUAAAGAUUUCAACGGGUGAAGGAUUCGCAGUUGGUUCUUUUGCUGCAAUGACGGCAGUCUUGUUCUCCAAUCCAGCAGAAUCUAUCAAGACACGAAUGCAAUUACAAGGUGAAUUAACCGAAUCAGCAAAACGAAGAGGUCCAGGUCAAGCACCAGUGCAAAAGCUGUACAACGGAACAUGGGAUUGCUUCCGUAAAACUGCAAAGACGGAAGGUAUAAAGGGUAUCCAAAGAGGUUUAGGAGCAGCAUUGAUUUAUCAAGUUUGUUUGAAUGGAAGUAGAUUGGGUUUCUACGAGCCUUUUAGGAAACUGUACAAUCAAGCAGCCGGAAAAGAUGUAAAGGAAGUUUGGGCUCUUGGUGCUUUUGCUGCAGGUGCAAGUUCAGGUGUGGUAGGAGCAAUUCUAGGGAACCCUUUAUUCUUGGUAAAAGCAAGACAACAGGCUUAUUCUCCUCAUUUCAAAAUCGGAAAAGCACAAUACAACUACAAAAAUGCUUUCGAUGGUUUGAGCAGUAUCGUCAAAUCGGACGGUAUAAGAGGAUUGGCACGUGGAAUGGAUGCUGCUAUCCUGCGAACAGCGAUGGGAAGUACUGUGCAAUUACCUGCAUACAAUUACGCCAAGACAUACCUAGUCAAUCUAUCCCCAGACAAUACGUUUGCAUACAAUCCACUACUCCUUCUCGCUGGAAAGCCCAAUGCAUUUUCGACAUACUUGGUAUCUUCAUUCUUCAGUGGAUUGUGCGUUUGUGCUGCAAUGCAACCUGCUGAUACUGCUUUAAGUAGAGUAUACAAUCAGCCUACACGGAUUGAUGAAAGAGGAAGAUCUGUUGGAACGUUGUAUAGAGGUCCUAUACAUUGUUUAUAUUUGACGGCUAAAACAGAAGGUCCUUUGGCAUGGUAUAAAGGAACGACGGCCCAUUUAGCACGUAUUGCACCUCAUACGGUUUUAACCUUGGUGGUGAACGAAGCCUAUUUACGUUAUUACAGUAAUUGGAAAGCCGGAAGAGAUAUCUUUGCUCAACCUUUGACAGAAUGA